AUGUGCACUGCGCACCGAUUCAAUGCUGGCUUUAUGACAACUAUGCUCAAUACAGAUGUGGUGUCAUUCAUCAUCCUGCUGACGUACCAACUAUUAGGUUCGCUGACUCUCAUGAACAUGCUGACUGGUGUGAUGGUGGAUGUGGUUGGAACCACUGCUCAACUUGAGCAGGAGGAGCAGAGCCUUAAAACUCUCAAAAGAGAUAUUGCCGAUGUAGUGAACCUUACAGAUGAGAAUCACGACCGCACCGUGACUGCCGUGGAGUUCACACAUAUGACGCUUGGUCUCACAAGAGAUGGAAUCGAGUAUGAAGGUGGUGUGAACGUGCUGGCACUGGUGGACUAUGCAGACUUUGUUUUCCGUGACACCUCUGAGCUAUCCUUGGAAGAAUUCAUAGAGACGGUGUUGCAGUUCCGUGGUCAGAGCCCAGCUACAGUCAAGGAUGUGGUUGAUCUUCGGGUCUUUGUGUCCAAGGACAAAGCACAAUGCCAUAGACCUGGUACCGUCCAAGAAAAUUUGAGCAGGUUCACUUAUAGUAUGACUUUGUGUUACCUAAGUAGGCCGCCAUGGUCUGUGUGUGUGUGUAUGUGUGCGCGAAGACAAUGCCGGCACAGAGUGGAUCAAGGAGCUGGCCAGAUUGGAAAAGGAUGUCGCCACUGUAAAGCAUUGAGGGAAAAGAAGCUGGUCGUGCCGCGGCCUUCAGUGAAGGCUUGAAGCCGUAGAAUACCAUGAUGGUUUAAUUUGUUGAAACAGGGACGCGCUUUGUCUUGAGACAAGUGCUGCAAAUUUUCAAGGCCUUUCUGGUUGGCAGGCAGUUGUCGCAUAGCGGGGCACUUGUGCGACUUGAGCGGGACAGCCCUCGCUAGACCCUGCCACCACACCAGCUCCGAGGGCACUGGACCUGUGACGAUAUGAUCAUUGCUAUUUGAGGUU